AUGAAGCGUAGUUACGAGAAUGCAUUAAAGCUCCUGGAGACACGAAGGCGGAAAGCUAGACCUACAAAGCUCCCAGUAUCCAUCACUUCUCAGGAUAUUGCGCCCAGCGGUGCUCCAACCGUCAAGGGGGUAUCUAGUUUGUUCGGCAUGAAGGAAUGGCUGCAAGCCCUAGGACACUCGGAAAACGAUGUCGACAACCUGAACAUUAUCCAUGUUUCUGGGACCAAAGGGAAAGGCAGUACAUGCGCUUUUACCCGGUCGUUUCUUCGAACGCAUGGACUGAGAACAGGGUUCCCAAAGCGAAUUGGACUUUAUACUUCUCCUGAUUUGCAAUGCAUCCGAGAAAGGAUUCAGAUUGAUAAUCAACCAAUUUCGGAAGAUCUUUUCACGCGGUACUUCUUUGAAGUGUGGGAAGCCCUUGUAUCUUCCGAUAAGGGGAUUGAAACAACAACAAGACAGCCACGAUAUUUGCAAAUUCUCCUUCUAAUGGCUUUUCACUCCUUCAUCAAAGAAAAUGUCGACGCGGCAAUAUUCGAGACACACCACGGCGGAGAGUAUUGUGCCACGAACGUCAUACGUAAGCCUGUUGUGGCUGGAAUCACCUCUCUUGGCAUGGAUCAUGUUGCACAACUAGGUCCUACUAUCGAUGACGUUGCAUGGCAUAAGGCAGGCAUUUUGAAAUCUGGAGCACCUGCAUUCUCCGUCAUACAGGAGGAUGGCCCUAAUGAAGUUUUACGGAAACGGGCAAUUGAAAAAAGCACAGAGUUGACAUUUGUCGCACCCUCCAGCACCCUUCCAGCCAACAAAAGAGUGUUAAGUGUUCCAGUACAGCGGCUGAAUUGCUCUUUGGCUCUCCAGCUAUCUACGAGAUUUCUGCAAAUCAAGGAUCCUGAGCGUCCGCUGAAUGACGAUGAUAUCUCCAAGGGCAUCGACAGCUUCUCGUGGACAGGUAGAUUUGAGACUAUAGAAAACGGCAAUUCUCAAUGGUUCUUAGAUGGUGCGCAUAACCCUUUGAGCCUUGAGCAGGCCGCAGAAUGGUUUUCAAAAAACAUCAAUGGUGUAAAUGCACCAAAGUAUCGAGUUCUCAUCUUCAGCCAUUUUUCUGAAGAGCGCGACGGAGUGAUUCUUAUGGAAUGUUUGGCGCAUGCGCUGUCAGAGCACAAUGCUAAACCUGAUCAUGUCAUCUUUACAACAUACCAGGAGAGAGAAGAUGGAUCUACAAGAAUAGACAAAACCCUCAAAGUCCCAGAGACGCCUUUUCCUGACAUGUGUGCAAUUUAUUCUUCUCUUUGGAAGAAAAUCCACCCCAAUACUGAAGUAUCAAUUGAGCCGACGAUUGAGGGUGCUAUAAGCCUUGCGGAAGGCCUUAGUAUCAAGCACGGCGGUAUGCAGACUUUUGUUACUGGCAGCUUACAUUUAGUUGGAGGAGCACUUAACCUACUGCGUCCUUAA